GGGUGUUUAUAGCCCUGCCACCCACCCCCACUCAUGACAAUAUGGACCCUUCAGAGCAGAGACACCACCACGAUCCCCUGCAGAAGGGGAGGCAAAGGGAAGGGAUUGGGGGAUGGGUGCACCUGUGCCCCCUGGUCCAGCUCCACAUAACACCCGGCGUCCCCUCCCGACAGCAGGGAGCACUGGGCGUGGGGUGGGGGUCUAGUGGUUGGAGCAGGGACAUCUGGGGGCCAGGACUCCUGGGUUCUCUCCUGGCUCUGGGAGGGGAGUAGUGUCUAGUGGUUAGAGCGGGGGGUGGUGUCUGGGAGCCAGGACUCCUGGGUUCUAUGGCUCUGCUGUGUCCUUUCCCCUCUGGUGCUGCACAGUCAUAGCUCCCAGCUAUACACAGAGGCUGCCUUCGUGUGGUCACAGACUCACCAGGGGGCUUCUCAGAAACCCUCCUGCCAGGGUCGCUAUGAUCGGGGCCCAUGGCAGGUCUGCACAGCCCCACCCUGCUCACAGCUGGGCCACCCUGAGAAAGAUCAAAGGACCACAUUCCUACCCACCAGCCAGAUCAGUCGCUGUCAUACACAGCCCCCAGCACAGAGACAUGGGCAGGGAGCUGAGCGAGGAUGGGGCCAGGUUUCCUGCUGGGUCUAUAAAUCACCUAGGGCUGAGGCAGAUGCACAGUCCCCUUCCCUGGAUGGCUCUGAUAAUGCAGCUUCUGCUCCUGCUCCCCACGGCUUUUUUCCUGCCCCCUGGGGCUCUGGCCGGGUGGAUCACUGGGGGAAAGGAAGCCCGGGCUCACUCCAAACCCUACAUGGCUUUCCUCAACAUCAGCGUGAAGGAUGGGCACAAAAGGUGUGGAGGAUUCCUGAUCCAAAAGGACUUUGUGCUGACGGCUGCCCACUGUGACCAAGGAAAAAUCGUGGUGUAUCUGGGAGCUCACAAUGUGACCAAGCGGGAGCGGAGCCAGCAACGCCUGGCCGUCCGACGGAAAAUCCCCCACCCGAAAUACAAGACAUGGGAGAACGACCUCAUGUUACUCAAGCUGAAGGGCAAAGCGAAGCUGACAAAGGCCGUGCAGCUCGUCCCCCUGCCCGAGGCCGGCGAAGAGGUGAUGCCAAGAGACAUCUGCAAUGUAGCGGGCUGGGGGAAUACCCGGGCCAGGGGGUUUUCCCUGCCAAGCACGCUGCAGGAGAUCAACUUGAAGGUGCUGGAGGCGGACAGGUGCACACGUUACCCACAGUUCGUCCCCACCUCCAUGCUCUGCGUGGGCGACCCCAGGGAAGUCGAGAAAUCAUCCUUUCAGGGCGACUCCGGGGGCCCCCUGGUCUGUGACGGGACGGCCCAGGGCAUCGUCUCUUUCGGCAAAGAUGAUGGGUCCCCCCCCAGGGUGUUCACCAGGGUCUCGGCAUACAUCCCCUGGAUCAAGAAAACAAUGAGAAAGCUGCAGGAUUAACCUUAAGCAAGCACCCUCUUUGCUCUCUGCCUCAGUUUCCCAGCUGUAAAAGGAGUGUUACAAUCCUCACUUAGCUCCCAAGGGAUAAAUCCGUACAGCUGUGUCUGGAGCCCAGCCACUAUGGUGAUGGGCUCAUGGUAAAGCCAAUCAAUAAAUAGUGUUGUCUUGGUGUUUCCUGUUACAUAUUAUUUUAAAACCUUAAACAGGCCCUAUCAAACAUUGGAGGUUUUAGCUUUAGAGACGAAU